UAUAUUCAUUAAAUCGUCUUUUAUUUGAUUUAGAUGGAAUUGGGUUAGAUGUUUCGCCUGGGUUAUUUUCUGUUUUCAUAUAAUUUGUAUAUGGAUUUUUAUCACUACUGUAGUCUAGUACUACUUUAUCAUUUUCAAUGUCGUCUUCGUUAUCUGAUUCAAUACUUAAAGCCAUUAGUAAGUCAUUUAAUUUAUUUAUAUUCUCAUCAAUAGUUGUCAUAUUAGGUAAGGUUGGAUAAUUGUGAGUUUUCCAGGAUUUUUAUGAUCCUUUAAAAAUUCUUUAAUAUCUUUAAUAGUAAGAUAUCUCGUGUUAUCUAAUUUUAAUAUUAUUUCUUGUAGUGUUGUUAUUAUUCCUUUAAGAUUUUCUUCUGGUAAUAUUUCAUUGGAACUUUCAAUAGUUUUUCCUUUGUCUUUUAUUUUUAAUAUGAUAUUAUUUAUUAGAUUUUUUGCUAUUUCUAGGUCAGUGUAUAAUUCCUUUUGUUUUCCAUUGAUUUGAAAUUCUAACAUUGUUCUUAAAUGUUUAUUAUUUUCUUCAAGCGCUCUUAUUAUGAUUCCUUGAUAGUCAUCUAACUGUUUUCCGAAUCUGUCGAAAAAUGCCCAAAGAUGCUGGCUCUGCAAUAAAGAAGGACAUUAUGCUAAUAAAUGCCCAAAGAAAAACACUAAUAUUAAGAAGCAGGAAGUUCUAAGGGUAGCAUACGAUUGUGCAUUCGAACCUAUAGAAGAAACAGAUUUUGAACUAUCAGACAUAGAAAUUAUUGAAUAUCUUACAGAUUUAGAACCUUUUUCAGAUGAGUCAAAAGAAGAUUCUAGCUAAGAAUAACCCGAACGCAACAUUCAUAAAAGUCACUAUUGAAAAUAAGAAUCUUCUGGCAUAUAUAGACACAGGAGCAACACUUUGCUUUGCAAAAAGAUCGACCAUUAGAGGUUGGGAUAAAUUAGAGAAACCAUUAAAAAGUGUUGUUGCAGAUAAAUCUAUCCAUGAAAUCUGGUAUGUAAAACAUUAUGUGCCUAUCAUUAUAGAACACAAUGUCUUUACUGCCAAAACAAUAUAUCUGCAUGACUCAGGAUUAGAUAUAAUAAUAGGAGAUAAUUUUCUUAAACUAUAUCAGCCGUUUACCCAAAGAAUUAAAAGUAUAAGUCUAAGAGCACCUAAAAUGAAAAAUCAAGAGCCAAAGACUGUUACCACCAAGAUAAUAAAAAAAAAUGAAGUAUUAAGAAUUGUCUUACAAAGACUUAAAAAUAGGCUUGAAUAUAUUCAAGUGGCCUACGGGAUAGCUGAAGAAAAACUAGAAGAAAUCUGUAGUGAACAUCCUUUAGAUAGUAUAAAAAAUACAAAUUCAGAAUUAAUAGAAAUUAAACUAAAAGAUCCAAAUAUCGAAGUUAAUGUUCCUAAUAAAAUACAAUAUACUCAAAGAGAUGUAGAAGAAUUUCUAGUAGAAAUUGGAGAUUUACUAGGUAAAAAUAUUAUUCGAGAAAGUAAAAGUCCGCAUAGUGCUCCGGCAUUCUUUGUAGAAAAUAAUAAUGAAAUUAAAAGGGGAAAAAGACGUAUGGUAAUAAAUUACAAAAAACUCAAUGAACACACUAUAGGAGACAGUUAUAAAUUACCAAGAAAAGAUUAUAUUUUGGAACGAUUAAAAGGACAAACUUGGUUUAGUAGUUUAUAAGCCAAAUCGGGAUAUUGGCAAUUAAGACUUCAUGAAAAUACAAAACCCUUAACAGCUUUUUCAUGUCCACCACAAAAACAUUAUGAAUGGAAUGUGUUACCAUUUGGAAUUAAACAAGUCCCAGGAAUUUAUCAAAGAUUUAUGGAUAAAAAUCUAGAAGGAUUAGAAGAUUUUUGCUUAGCAUACAUUGAUGAUAUUAUUAUCUUUUCAAAUAAAGAUAAAGCAGACCAUGAAGAAAAACUAAUAAAAGUUUUAGGAAGACUAAAGGAAAAAGGACUAGUAAUAUAAAAAAGAAAAUAUAAAUUGUUAGUCAAUGAAAUGGAAUAUUUGAGAAUGAAAAUAAAUAGUACAGGAGAAGUAGAACUCACCACUAAUGUUAAGGAAAAACUAGAUAAAUCCCGGAAAAAAUGGAAAAUAGAAAACAAAUACAACGAUUUUUAGGAAGUCUAAAUUAUAUCAGUGAACAAGGAUUUCUAAAAAAUUUAGCAAAAAAAAGAAAAUACCUUCAGCAAAAGAUAUCAGAUAAAAUACCUUGGAAAUGAGAUGACAAGGAUACAGAGGUAGUAAGAUUUAUGAAGGCAAGUUGUGAUCAUUUACCAAAAUUAUAUAACCCAUGCGAUCGAUAUUUUCUUAUUGUUGAGACAGAUGCAUCAAGGGAUACAUGGGCAGGUUGCAUGCUUGCAAUACCAGAAGGCAAAAAGUUACUAUCACUUGAUCACUAUGGCAAUAUACUCAGUAAUGAAUCGAAUGAUUCACCCUAUAUCAGUAAUGAAUCGAACGAUUCAACACUAUCUCAGCGAAGUAAUGAAUCGAAUGAUUCAAAACAAUAUGACUAUACAAUACCAUUCAAUACAUACAAAUACCCGAAGAAGUUAUGUAAAUAUAUAUCUGGAACAUUCUCUCCUACUGAGAGAAACUAUCCAAUACAUGAGCUAGAGACACUAGCUUGUCUCAGAACACUGAAAAAAUGGAAACUAGAAUUACUAACCAGUCGAUUCGAAUUACGGACCGACUCUAAAUAUGUAACAAGAUUUUGGAGAUACAAGCUAGAUGAGGACUUCAAUAAAGGAAGACUCAUUCGCUGGCAACAACAACUUCACUAUUAUCGACCAUAUCUGAAGUAUAUCAAGUCAACAGCCAAUCCACUAGCAGACACCCUUACAAGAGAAUGGAAGGGAUAAUCAAGCAAAUGCAACAUCAGCAACAGCAGAAGAAAGAGCAACGUGCCCUCGAAGUCCAGCUUUCUCAGCGGCGGGGGGAAUUGGAUCAGAUAAGAACCACCAUCACCAUUCUGCAAACACAACUUAAAAGCACUACUCAAACACAAACUGUUCUGCAACAACAAGCUAUUCAGUCACCACCUACAGAAAAAAGUAUACAACUAGAGAAGAACAUACCAUUAUCAUCUACAAAAUGGUCAGACAUGGUAGAAGAAGAUGAGAAAAUCGAAGAAGACGAAAGAAAAUCAAAGAAAGGAAAAUGGUACGUUAUUUACGACGGACCUUUUCGAGGACUCUAUAACAAAUGGGCAAUAGUAUCUCACCAUGUUACGGGAUACAACAUCAAACACCAAUCAUUUUCAACAAAAGAGGAAGCAGAGCAGGCAUUAAGAGAAUCAUACAAAGCAAUUGCUAUGAAACAGAAGACAGAGUCGGUCACUCCACAACAAAGAUUAGUGAUGAAGAUACCAAGCAUCAGCAUUAAGGAUAUUCCAACCACAAAGCAAAAGGAAGAAUUCAUUAGACCUACACUUCAAAAAUUCCAACAAUGUUGGGAAGAUCUUCUCAAUUACAAGGAAAUUCACACUACCACGGGCUUCUACCCUACCUUCAAGGGAGGGCCGAGAGCAGUCAUCAUCACAGAUAAAAUUGCACCAACAACACUAUUCGCUCUCCAUCAAUAUGGAUUAAUCGACACAAUAUACACACAGAAGGCCCAUAUCUUCGAAGAAUUCCCAACAAAGUUCAAGACAAUCGUAAAAAGGUAUCUAGACUCAUUCGCCAAGGGUAGAGAAAUCUAUCUGCGAUACACAUCCAGCUAUCUGGGAUACCAGAGAUGAAUUAGAGACAGCCAUGAUACCAGAGGACUAUCAAGUCAGAUCAUUAUAUUCAGUAAGUCAGGCCCUAUAUUAUCUUAAUCCAACAGAUAAUAUUAAAGUCAAUUAUACUAGCACCAACAAGAUCAUCAUCAGCAAUUCUAAAAAUCAGAUCACAGCGGAAGAAUGUAAAUAUGUACAUCUGAACCUCAUAAAGGGGUAGAGUAGAAUAAAAGUUUGAGAAUUCUCUCUCAAAAGACUAAGUGUAGUCUUGGUGCUUUUGCACAGAGCGGUUGAGGUAAUACUCUGGAGUCGCUCGUAUCCAUUAUCACCUAUCCAUAAAAACCAUACACAAAUCAUUAAAUAUCACAAAGAAUUCGCCAAAAACCAUCUCAACGAUCAACCAGUAAUCAGCCUCCUUCGCACUACACCACCAUGAAAACUUUCAACAACAAGAAGUUGCAUCAUUCAGCCUAAGCAACAAUCAGGUAUGUCAGAUAACCCCAGUAGCAGUAACAAUUACUUUGAUUAUUUAAGUGAAAAUGAAGAAGAAAAUUAUUUUUUAGAUGGAAUAUUAGAUGUCAAGAAAAUUAAGGAACAAACUAAUUUCACCUUAUCAGAAACGCAAAAUUUUAUUACUAAGUCUUUUUUAUCCAAACUAUCCGAUAGGAAAAAUAUAAUUAAAUAUGGAAAAAUGAUAGGAGAAACGGCAGUACCAAUAGAGCAAACUAAGGGAGAUUUCCUAAUUCAAAUAAUAAAUAGAGAACAAAUUAGGAAGAAAUUAUCCAAGUUACAACAGGAAGAAAGAAGUAAAAUAGCUUAUAUUCACAUUAGCACGAUACAAAUCAUUCUAAAAUCUACUAUGAAAACAGGAAUAAGUGCACCUAUAGAACUAGAAAUAAGAGAUGAUCGACUCAUCAAUAGAGAAGAGAGUAUUAUUGCAAAAGGAAAGGGAAAUCUAGGAGUAGGAAUAAUCAAAUUCGAUAUUAAUU